AGAAGCUCCUGGGUCCCGGAGAGGGGGAGCGACGGCGCGCGCCAGCUGUGGCCCUGUCUGUCGGGACUCCUCCUGUGCACAGGUGAGCCCUUCUCCUCCAGGUAGGCGAUCUCGUCCCCACUGGCGGCAUGUGCUGCCACCUGCCCAAAAAGAAGUGGGGCCGGGCGACCCAAUACACUGGUGUCGUCGUCGGCGGAGAAGCGUGGGACGAUCACGGCCGAAGACUACGGAGUCCAUCUCGGGAAAUGAUCACCUGAGAGAUGAGUGAUGCUGGGAACCUGCAGGAGCAUCUUCACCCCUUCAUGAGUGGUGGCACAGCUGCUGAUCAAUAAACCAGAAACCCUGGAUCUCUCAUCAUCAUUUUCAACUUUCCUUCAUGGACACAUUUGUUCAGGUUCACUGACAGUGUUACACAGUGAACUUCACCGUGAUUUACCCCUUCUUACAGCACGGGUUCAAGCUGCGGCGGCGCUGCCGAUGCCUCGCAAUGUGACGGUGGAAGCUGUGAACAACCUCUACGUGCUGAAGUGGAUGUGGGACCAGUGGGAGACCAACUACACCGUGAGGUUCACUGUGGACUACAGCUUCUCUGACCAGGAGCAUUACACCAUGGCAUGCAAUAGGACCGCAGAGUGGCAGUGUGACCUCACCCCCCAGAAACUGAACUACUGGGCAUCGUACACACUGCGUGUGCGAGCAGAGGGACCAGGGCAGAAUUCCGAAUGGCAGCGGCUCCUCUUCCGCCCCCAUAUGCAAGCUUCUCUGGGCCCACCGUCCGACGUGAAGGUGGAGAGCAGCGACUCCAGACUGAGGGUGACCUUCAAAGAGCCACUUAUGGCCCACAAUGAGUCUGUCAGCUCCAUUUGUCUGCCUUCCUACCGAAUCCAGUACUGGGAGCUGGAUGCCUCAUUGCAGCAGCAGGAGCUCGAGGUCCAUCUGACGGAAGUGUCACUCCGUCACCUGAAGGCCCUGGCGGUGUACUGCCUGCAGGUGCGCACCAUAUGCACCAAGCUGGAGAUGGCCAGUCUCUUCACGCCACCGAAGUGUGAGAGGACUCAGGGAAGCAGCCACUCUCUGCUCUGGAUACUCUUGCUACUUGUGUUUGGCUUUGUACUCCUGCUUAUACUAUUGGCCACAAAAUACUGCAGCAAGUUCAAAGAGAUCUUCCCAGUGUACAGCCUGCCCACCAGCAUACUGGAUCUCCCGAUGACCAUCACACCCCUGCUUCAGAUCCCGGAAGAGAACUGCACCACUCUGCACAUCCAGGAGGAGGUGCUGUGUCACCAGCCAGAGGUGGAGUCAUCUGGUUUGAGUGUGAGUCAGUGGCAAGACAGCUCCACAAAGGACUUGGGAAUUUCCUCUUGGAGGUCCAACUUGUCGUCUGGGCAGCACACCAGAGACAUCAGUUAAGAAUGGUUUUUUCCUGAUGGUAAGUCGGACAGAUGGGGCAAAAACAAGCUUGCUGGGUAGCCCAUCCUGGUGAUGGCCCAUCCUGCUGAAGGACUUACAGAGCAGCUGGAGGAAAAGUGCCUGCUGUCCUUGGGAUAUAGAGCCCGAGGCAUCGUCUCAUCCUAUUGUUCAAUGUUAAAAUUAAAUGGUCAUUAGUUUAAGAGACACCACUGGGCCGUCAAACCUGAGAAGCUGAGCAACAUCAGGUCUGGAUCGGUACUUUGGUGGUAGGAAACCUCGGGUGCUACAGAUGUUACAUUCAAUGCUGCAGACGGUGCACUGAAACCAGAUUUUAGGGUUACGCUCAACACAUUGUAGGGCUUUAAUCUCAGCAAGGUCACAUUUACUAAAGCAUAUAUGCUCCACUGUACAUGUAGGUGUGAAAUAGAUCCUGGCAGAUAAUAAAAUAUUUAUAAUUUAGGAUGAGCUCAAAUAAUGAAAAACAGAUGAGCAGCCAGCCUGGACUGACCACAGUGCAUUGCUGCUGUAAAUUCUUUGAGCCGUAAGCUAGGGAUAUGAGAGUAGAAGAUGUCCAAAAUUAUCAAUCUUUGGUUUGCUGGGUCUAUUUAAGUGAUCCUCUGCCAAGUUUACACAUCAGUAUGAAUUUAGAGAGUUAAAAUAAGUUAAUUGAAUUUUUACCUCAAAGAAGACAGAUUAUUGUGGCAGUAAAAAUGGGUCCAGCUCCGUAAUAACCGAUGCAUCUAAAGAAGUGCAUUGUGAAUGUAUGGUCUAAUUUUGAGGCAGGAAAUAAA